AGCGGCAGUGCCGUGAGCGCGCCUUCCGCGUCUGAUUCGUUCGCUGACAGCCAGCGGCGCGAGCUGGACUCAUUAACGGCUAGUGAUCCACACCUCAAGCGUUAUCAACCUAAUUGUGCUCCGCGGAUCGUCUCCUCAUCUCAUUCCGAAGCCGUACAAUUCCUCCGACAUGAAUCCACUGUGUAGCAGAUGUGACCGAGUGGUGUAUCCCACGGAAAAAGUGAAUUGCCUUGACAAGUACUGGCAUAAAGGAUGCUUUAGCUGUGAAGUCUGUAAGAUGACUCUAAACAUGAAGAACUACAAGGGCUUUGAGAAGAGACCAUACUGUAAUGCACACUAUCCGAAGACGUCAUUCACCAGUGUUGCAGACACUCCGGAGAACCUGCGCCUGAAACAGCAAAGCAAGAUGCAGAGCCAGGUGCUCUACAAGGAGGAAUUUGAGAAGAACAAAGGAAAGGGCUUCAGUGUUGUGGCCGACACACCGGAGUUGCAGAGAAUCAAGAAAAACCAAGACCAAAUCAGCAACAUUAAGUACCAUGAGGAAUUUGAGAAGACCCGAAUGGGAGGGGAAGGCCCGCCUCACCACCCACAUUCACCUCAACAAAACACAACUCCAGCAUAUCAACCCCCGGCAGCAUCUCAGAACUAUCACUAUGAGCCUGAGCCUGUGCCUGUGCGUCAGGCCGCUGCCGCCGCCCCUCCUCCCAGCUCUGGGAAGCGCUACCGAGCGGUGUAUGACUACACCGCAGCUGAUGAGGACGAGGUGUCGUUCCUGGAUGGCGACAUGAUCCUGGAUGUGCAGCAGAUCGAUGAGGGGUGGAUGUAUGGAAGAGUGGAGCGCACCGGCCAGCAGGGGAUGCUGCCGGCUAACUAUGUAGAGGCCAUGUGAACAUAAGAGAGAGAAAGGGGGAAGGGUGGAAAUGAAAAAGAGGGGGUUGCAGCUGAGAGAUGCAGAUGAUUAGCCGAGUGCCAUCUCACCUUUCAAGAUCUCAUCUUUUUCCUCUUCUUUUCCUGCACUAACUGUCUUAUCAGGGGUCAGCCUCUAUGACCCGGUCAUGAUCCAAAACAAACAUAGUUCAGUACGUAAUCAUACACGGCAACAGCGCAUACACGCACUCGCAUAAAUAGUGAAUGAUUUACGACUUUCGCCCAUGUCUUUCUCUCUGUCUUUUGCUUUUGCUGUUUGUCUUAUUAGUAAGUGUUUCCUCAGUCCUGGAAAGGUGCUGUCACAAGUGGCACUUAAGUCUUAACAAGACUCGCACACACCAACCUUCAAAAUACAUGACCACACGGACCUUUAAAAUAUUUAGGGCCUGCUAUAGAGCACUUCGCAGACAUCUCAACACACUUAUCUUCUCUGUUGCUAUGACAAUUUGUGAAAGAAUCUGGUCCAAACUUCAGUUGUGAAGUUUAUAUCUAUAUAUAUAUAUAAAAUUCAUUUUUCUUUUCAUUUAUCUUCUUUGCAGCUUGUAAUUGUAAUGUAUUCAGUACAGUUUCACAUCUCAUUGGAUGUGGGUCAAUGGGUAACAAUGCUUAAUCAUGAGAAUUCUGGUCAUUCCGAUUAUCAUUCCAUACGUCUGACCAUUUGCAUCAUGUGUUGAAACUGAAAUCUAGAAAAGGCUCCUCUUUUUCAACUGGACAUUCCUAAAACUGUAUGAAAAGGAUGGAGCCUUUUGAUACUUACAGUACAUUCACUUAAACUCCUUCACAGUCCUCUAACCCUUUACAGAAUUAAUUAGAAUAUAUGAGUUUAAUUUUGUUCUGCUGCUCUUGCUUUUAAAAAUGCGAGGAAAUGAUGUAUUUUGUUCUUCAUAAAGGGAAAAAUAAAUUAUAUAGUCACUCAGCAAGCGAGGAGCAGAACAGCAUUGUAGAUUAGUGAGAGAAGAGAGGACCCAAGCACAAUUCUAUGGACCAUUUUAGCUUUGGAUUUUAAUCAUUCCAUUGGUUCUGUUCUAUUUCGGCUCUGGAACAUUCCAUGUGAAUUGUAUCGAACUGUAUCUCAGAGCUGUUCUGUAAGACGUUUUUGUUUGUUUUUUCCUCAUAUCAUUGCUUAUUCUCAUUGCCUUGCUGGUAUUGUACGAGACAGAAUUUUAAUGUCAAUUUAUCAAUAUCAGUGGAAUAAAAAAAUCUAUUUGUA